AUGGAGGGAGAUGGCGGUGUCGACAGUGCUGGCGGUGGGGGCGGCGACAUUGUCCUUGACCAGCAGGACGAGCAGGCCCCCGAAAUCCCGGGCAGCUCCAACGACGUGGUCCUCGUGACAAAAGUCACAAGUUCAAUGGCAAUGGUGCUGGAUGCGUUUGCAUCCUACGUGGCUGACAUGGUCAAGCAGGUGGCAGAAGAUCAGGUUGGAAUGAUGCUGGGAGUCUUUGGCGAGAUUGACAAGAUGGGUGACAAGCUUCAGGAUUUCCAGAACUUCCUCGUCGACGCCGAUAGGAGGAACAUCACCGACGAGAGAGUCCGAGAAUGGGUGGGGCAGCUCAAGCGUGCCAUGUACGAAGCUACCGACAUCCUCGACCUCUGUCAUCUCAAGGCCAUGGAGCAUGGAUCAUCUUCCUUUGAUGCAGGGUGUUUCAAUCCGUUGCUCUUUUGCAUGCGGAACCCCUCCCAUGUUCGUGAGAUUGGUACCCGCAUCAAGGCGCUCAACAAGAGGCUCGAUAGCAUCAAGGAGCGCAGUGCUGCUUUCAGCUUCAUUAAUCUCGUGUCCUAUGAGGAUCGGCAUAGCAGCAAGGUACAUGCCUCGAGUCACGGUAAUCCUGGCCGUGAGACGUCUGGGGAUCUUGACCGAUCGAGUGUGGUCGGGGAGAAGAUUGAGGAAGACACAAGAGCACUAGUGGCCCAGAUCUUGCAAACAACAAAUGAGGUCAAUAACAAUAUCAUGGUUAUUGCCAUUGUAGGUGUCGGUGGGAUAGGCAAGACCACCCUCGCUCAGAAGGUGUUCAAUGACGAGGCCAUCCAAGGCAAUUUUAGCAAAAAGAUAGGUUGAGCAUCAAUCAAAACUUAAGUGACGUUGAGCUUCUGAGAAGGGCCAUCAUCGAAGUCGGAGGAGACCAUCUGCUGGCUGGAGAUGCAAAGGUUGCGCUUAACGGAACCCUCAAGGAUGCGUUGAUUGG